UCUGAAGCGGUCAGCUGACUGCACCUGACAGGAGCGCCCCCGCCGUCUCUGCAGCAGGGAACACCGUAUUCAUUCUCAGACGCAACCAUGAAGAAGAACAAAAGCAAAGUGAACAGCGCUGCUGAGAAGGAGUUUGUGUUUGAGUUCAGGGCAGGGAAACACAACUGUGUCCUCAAGGUGCCUCUGCAGUUUCCUGCUCAAGACAACAUCUGUGACCUCCAUGGACGCCUGAUGCUGCUGCAUAAAAUACCCUGCUACAUAGAGAAUGAGCUAAAAACCUCCCUUUCCAACUUCGUUGAGAGUGAGGCCAUCCUGGAUUAUGACAGAGAGGCCGAGCUGGCCCUGCAAAGACUCGCGUUGGGAGACGUGGACAUGAACCAGCUCACCAACGCAUGGACCAGGUCUUAUGUUGAGGUGAUUCCACAUUUCAGCAUGUUAUUGUGCCUAAGAACUAAAAUACAUUAGCAUCUUACACCACAAGCUCUGACAUCAGUAUCUACUGUACUGCAGCUGUUGACAGAUUCACUGUCAUGAUCCGUUUUUUGGAUUAAUUUGGAUUUACUCGCAUCUCUCAUAUUUGCGAGUGAAAAGGUUUUCAUGGUUGUUAAAGCUGAAUAUCUGUUGGUUUUUUUUAGUUGCAUAAGUUAGUUGUGUGCAGUCACUCUGGCUCUCUGACUCUAGACUGCAAGAUAUCACAUUCUAUUGGUAAUGUAUCAUUAGAUUUAUGAAUAAUAGUCUUUAAUUCACUGAGUGAUACAGAUCAUCUUUAUAGAGUUAACCUGAUUGUUUGGAGCCCCUGUGACCAAUCAAUGACCUCAACAUGUCACUUUCAAAUAUCCCGUUUAGAAUUACUGUCUAUCACAUAAACACCAUACAUGCUUACCACUGUUAUUAGGAAACUCCCCAUGGCACCUAAACGUCUCUAUACUUCUCCUGGAUGAUCAUUUCAGCUUCAUCACAGUUUGUGGGAUGACUCAUGAAUGCUGUUUACGUCACGAUUAUAUUGGAUUCAAUACACAAACUGCUAAAAAACCUUUAGGAAGAUAUUUCCGUGAAAAAAUGUCUAUUAAUAAUGUGAACAGCGUGUUUUAUUCUGGGCAGGUGUUUAUUUCAGGCCCUGGCUGCUCAGCACAACCUGAUCGUAUAUCCACUACUUCAUGUUUCUGUAGUAAGCACAGCAGGGUCUUCGGAAGUGUCCUCGAAUGCUCCCGCUGACUUCGGGUCAGUCACGGAUUAUUAAAAAUAAUUUAAAACAGAAGUAGUUGCGCGGUGCAUCUGCAAAUUGAUUAUUCAUGAGUUCCUGAGAGAAAAACAAAAAAUCUCAUUACAUAAGCCUGCGUGCUGCGUUUAAAUGGGUUGUAAAUAUGGGUUGUAAAUAUUUGACUUCAUACUAUUAAUCAAUACAAAACAGUCCGGUGACACACAGAAGUGGACUUUAUGUUUUUGUAAAUAGGUUAAGAAUGGUCUUCUCGCCUACACAUUUCUAAGAUAGUGAAAGUCUCUUAUUUCUUAAGUCUCAGGUAUUUAUAAAAAGACGAGGGCACAAGUGUUGUGAAGCCCCUCUGGCCUACUGCACUCAGACAUUGAGGACUGGCUAUCCAUUUACAUUUUUCUGCAGUCACACAGAAAUACACAUGGAGGUUUUCCAGUGUCCGUCAUGUUUGUGGUCUGACCCUGUAUAAAUAGAGUACUUUGAGAUUCUAAUACUGUUCUGUUGCUUUACUAAUUAUGGAUUAGUUGGGCAUGGAACUGCCUU